CCGCCGCUCCCCCCCCCCCCUCCCAACUCCACAUCCCUUCCUCCUUCCCCGGGCCCCUCCGUCCUCCUCCUUUCCAGAACCAGACGAGAUCCUCUGUCCUGAAUAUCUACACACUUCUAUACUGUCCGAGAACGCAGGGGAAUCCCUACCGUACCGAUGUACGCAAGCAGCUUUAGGCUUUCUGGUCUCCUGCUCCUGACUCUGCUCGCCGUUGAAGCUCUAGCUUCCACGGCUUCAAAGCAACCGGAAGAGCAAAAAAGACAAUAUGCCCGUGUCGUCGACUUGUUGGAGAAGGGAAUAAAGCAGCUGCUUGGAAGCAGUUCCAAGAAUGAGAUUCGUGCAUUGAAGCCUCAGGGAAACAGCAAUGCAAAGCUGCGAAACAUAUACAAUGAUCCAUGCAAUCCGGCACAAAACAGCUACAUGAUGAUGGCUGACAGCCUCUUUGCAAACUGCAGCCUGAUGGAGCUCGAUCCGGCGAACCCUGCUCAGCGGAAUGCGUUGUGCGCUUGCAUGCAGCCGCUCAUCAGCGAGAUCCAGGGACUCUCUCAGGAUCAGAUGACAAACUUGAAACUUAUGGACUGUAACAAACUCAGGUUUGUAAACUCCAUGUGCACCGACACGACCUUCAAUGGAUGUCUGGACCAAGUGUUCGGCAACGUGUCGGCUCCAAUGUCGAAUACAAGUACACAGGACGUUUGUGAUUCCUGCUUUUCAAGAGUGUAUCACAACCUGUAUCACGAGAUUGACUUCAUGUCUGGAUCUGCGGAGGGACAAGUUCUCUCAAACAUGUUCGAUCUGUGCCACACCUGCACUCUCCAUCAGAUUGGCUCCGCAUUGUCAGAGGACUCGACAGAGACGAUGUAUUCUAGGACUCAGCUGCUUUGCUCGUCCUGUGGCAUGAAGAUGAUGCAAUUCAUUACAUAUGACCCGCAAGAAUCUUCGAGCCCGCUCAUGAAGAUGGUCGCAAACGAUGGUUGCUUCAUGGAUGAGAACUCCAAAUAUUGCAUUGAGACCUUUUUGAAUGGAGGGCACAUGGUUUCAGACAUAGCGGCAGCUUGCGGGUUUCCUCCAGAUCCAUUUGACACCUCCUCUUACAACUACAUGGAUUACAUGGAUGGUGGAAAUUGCACCAAUGAAUGCAAGACGGCAUUGAGCAUGAUGACGAGCAGCGGCUGCUGCGUUGGCUUCAUGGCAGACAUUCUUCCCCCUGGACUACGUCUCAUGAUGGAGAACAGAUCGUUGAGCUGCGGUCUGCCCAGCCUCCAGGGACUCCCAAAAUGUCAACCUUUCGAGCAUUUCCAUCUCAAGUUGAUGUUGGAGAAUGCUGAUCCUGCUAAGUUCAAUAUGAUGGACUCAUCCAUGGACAUGGCGAAGUGGGACUUUGUCACAAGCUUUCCAGCUACAUUCCAGCAUAUGCAUGUUUCGCCUAUUGGGCAGUUUAGCCCUUUUCUCUUUGGAGAGAUUGCACUGGAUGUGCUUUCCCAGCAACAUCACAAUCUUCUGAUGGCAGAGCUUACCAAGGGUAAUGUCUUUAAUGAGUUUGCCAUCAUUCAGGGAGGCAGCCAUCGAGGAUGGGCAAUGGAUUGGGGACUCAAGAUUGACCCCUACCGUCCUCUCUUGGUUUACUUGCUACCUGCAAGCUACCGCCAUGACUGUGCCAUCACCACAACUUGGAAGGACCUUGCCAUGCAAGCUCCGGGGAGCUUCUUCACAGGGGGUUUUGGAGCCAAAAUGACCCACCAAAACCAAGUUUGGAUGUGUGAGAUUGUUGGGGGACCUACUGGGUUGGCCCCGGCUCAAGAUGCUUUCUGCUACGUCUUCGACGAGUCGUGGAAAAAGUUCGUCCCUUGGGGCUAUCAGGCCGCUCUUGGUAUCCCACAAUAAAGAGAUUUGCUGAGGACUAGUAGGAGCAGCAGUUGUGAUCAUGUUCUGCGUUCAAAGAGUGCGUGUGGUCGACUACUACCGACUUUGACGGUUGAAGUACUAGACGUUGACCAGUUUUGCCUAAGUUGCCAUUAAGUGUUUUAGUUCAAGUAAAGUACGUACCACGG